UAUAUAAGCAAGUUAAGUUAAGCAAGUGUCCGAGAAACCUCGAAUGUUCCGUAAUGGUGAAUUGGGGAUCGACUUGAUCUACGGUGAUAGCGAAUUUUUAGGUUUAUGCUGUCCAUUUGAGGGCUGAGGAUAAUUGACAAUGCCGACCACGACGGUGGCGACGGCGGCGGGGAUGGCGGUGGUCUUAUAUUUCCUCUUCAGCCGGCGACUGGCUUCAGCGAGAGCAGACAGGGAGGAGGAGUGUGGCGGAGGGGGAAGAUUAUCCAAGGUGGGUGGGAGGACAGCGACGGCUGGGAGGAGGAGGAUCUCGCGGAGACCGGCGCAGCCGCCGGCCACGUGGCGGGAGGCGGUGACGACGUUGGCUGACACACUUCGAUUUACUUACUCAGAGACGCUGGGGAAGUGGCCGAUCGGGGACCUGGCCUUCGGGAUUAAGUAUCUGAUGAGGCGGCAGGGUAACCUCAAUGUUGCAAGUGUUUAUGCUGGUAGUGAUUGUCUAGAACUCAAAGGUCCUGAGAUAAUGGCUGAGUUGAUUUGUUCAUUAAGGCUAGUGAACCUCUGUUAUCUUUUCUCCAAAAGACCGUUCCUGAAUUUUCUUGAAUCUGGUGGUUUUUCCAAAGAAGAUGUGCUUCUCCAAGAACCCAAGGCAGGGCUUUUGAAACCAGCUUUUACAAUAUUAGUUGAUAGGGAAACUAAAUGUUUUCUUCUACUGAUACGUGGAACUCAUAGUAUUAAAGAUACAUUGACAGCAGCAACUGGUGCUGUGGUCCCUUUCCAUCAUUCAGUUUUAGAUGAAGGUGGCGUGAAGAAAUUAGUCUUAGGAUACGCCCACUGUGGAAUGGUAGCUGCAGCACGGUGGAUAGCAAAAUGUACUACACCCUUCCUUCUAAAGGCAGUUUAUCAGCAUCCCAAUUACAAGAUCAAAAUCGUUGGGCACUCUUUGGGAGGUGGAACUGCUGCACUUUUAACAUAUAUUCUUCGAGAACGGAAAGAAUUCUUUUCAAGUACCUGUACAGCAUUUGCUCCAGCUGCUUGUAUGACAUGGGAGUUGGCAGAGUCUGGCAAGGACUUCAUUACCACAAUUAUUAAUGGCUCCGAUCUGGUUCCAACAUUUUCAACUGCUUCUAUAGAUGAUCUGCGAUCGGAGGUUACAGCAUCAUCAUGGUUAAAUGACCUGAGAGAUCAAAUACAACGUACUCGAUUCUUAAAUGUUCUUUAUCGCUCUGCAUCUGCUUUGGGCUCUCGUCUGCCAUCUAUAUCUAGUGCAAGAGCUAGGGUUGCAGGUGCCGGUGCACUACUUCAGCCUGUUUCCAGCAAAACUCAGGUUGUGGUAAAACACGCUCAAUAUGUUGCUCAAGUAGUUGUAAGGAGCCAAUAUUCGCUGUCAUCUUGGACGUGUAUGGGGGCACGCCGUCGUGCUGUUUGCACAACUAAAGAGAAGUCAUCUGACAUGGAUUCCCCAUUUGAAACAAAUUUAGGGACAACUAUUGUUGAUUGUAGCAAUCACUUGGAUGAUCCACAUUCUGAUAGUUCACAAGGCUCAGACAAUGAGGAAACAGAGGAAGAUGAGCUAAUACAGCGAGAUCAAGUUGUCAAUGCCUCUGCGGUGGAAGAAUUGACAGGUGAUUUGUGGUUUGAUCUAGAAAAAGAACUCAACCAGGCUGAGUCCUCUACUGCAGAAGCGCAGCAGGAAGUGGAGGCUGCUGUGAAAGAAAUAAUAGAUGAGGAAAAUGCAGUGUUACAAGCAGAGAAGCAGCAUAGCACAAUUGUCGCUACGGAGACCCUCCAGUUUUACCCUCCUGGUAAAAUCAUGCACAUGGUUUUGUUGCCAACUUCAGAUCCUCAGGAAGAUCAAACCGAGCAUAUCUUACUUGAUGAAAACAAUGUCGGCAUCUAUGAAACCCCCAGAUACCUCUAUAGUAAGAUUAGACUUUCAAGAACUAUGAUCAAUGAUCAUUACAUGCCUAUGUACAAAAAAAUUAUGGAGCUAUUGAUUGAUAAGCUCGCUAAGGAAAAGGAGGAUGAUCACAGAGACACAGUUUCAUAAUGUUAAUUAAUACAUCUAAAUAUGAGCUUUGGUUAUGUUCAUAUUUCGUAGA